CCCCCCGGGGCGGGGAUGGGGGAACGGAGAUGCUGGUGGCAGCCACGCCCCCUCCCGGCCAGCCGCCGCCCUACAGCCAGGUCGCCUCCCUCUGUGGUCCCCGCCCCCCACCCCUGGCCGCCCUCCGCGCUCUGCAGUUGGGAGUCCGGGGAGAGACGGGGCUGGCUCCCUCCGAGACGCGCGGGCUUCCCGGUGUUAAGUACAGCAGGGAUGUUGCUGGGUCUAUUCACAAAGGUGGGCAUCUUGAAGUUGCUACUGAUCUUCUUCUUAUUGUCCCAAGGUUCCAUGAAAUAUCACAAGAGAAUCGGGGAGAGUUGCCAGAUGCACAUAGAAUGUUUCAGUGAGUGCUGUGUCCCAGACAGUAACAUGGUGAAACGCUGUACCAGGAGGACGCUUUUCAUGCAGUGUAAGGCCAAGAAGAAGCUAGGUACCCCUGGUGAUGUGGGAUUGAGUGAUAUUCUUUACCUGGAAACUUCUUGUGGUUUCCCUGGAGAUCACCUUCAGUUUUUUUAUCUUGUAUGUAUAUAGUUAUUUUCAUGUUUAGAAUAUAAUCUCCUUGAAGUCAGGGACUGUGAUUUUGCCGUUUUUUGUUGUUCUUUUGUAUGUCUGUGGCUUAUCACAGUGCUCAGUGCCCACUAAUAGAUGUUGAUAAAUGCUUGCUAGUGAUUUAUUGAUUUGCUAAUUGACAAUUUGGACUUUUUGUUUAUGUGUCCUGCUUCACUUGUGUAAUGCAAUGACCCAGCAAGAAUAUUUGGCAUAAAUACUGUGUGUUGGGCUACUGUCUCAGCUUUUUUAUAUCUGUGUGAAUGGUUCUUUUUUUGACCUGAUGAGACUUUUAUAAUGAGUUGUGGAAAUUCUGGGUAAAGAUACCGAACAGCUAAAUCAUUUUCCUUGCUCGGGCUUAAUUGUUUGGGGACCCUGAUUUGACUGGGACAGUCAAAGUUGGGGAAAGAUGAACACCUAACCAACCUAUUC